GUGUGGGCGGACGUAAUUUUCGUGGCACUAGCAGGGAAGGGACUGUCAGGUCCGACAGGAAAACAAAAUAAAGACGAGGAUCUCCAAUAAAACGAUGGCUGCUAUCAGAAAGAAACUAGUGAUAGUUGGUGAUGGAGCCUGUGGAAAGACCUGUCUACUCAUAGUGUUCAGCAAAGAUCAGUUCCCUGAGGUGUAUGUGCCCACAGUGUUUGAAAACUAUGUGGCAGAUAUUGAGGUGGAUGGUAAACAGGUGGAGCUGGCUCUUUGGGACACAGCGGGUCAGGAGGACUACGACCGACUGAGACCACUCUCCUAUCCAGACACUGAUGUCAUCCUCAUGUGCUUCUCCAUCGACAGCCCUGACAGCUUGGAGAACAUCCCGGAGAAGUGGACUCCUGAGGUCAAGCAUUUCUGUCCCAACGUACCCAUUAUUCUCGUGGGAAACAAGAAAGACCUGCGUAAUGAUGAGCACACGCGUCGAGAGUUAGCUAAGAUGAAACAGGAACCAGUGAAGUCAGAUGAGGCGAGGGACAUGGCUCACCGGAUCAAUGCCUUUGGUUACUUGGAGUGCUCAGCCAAGACAAAGGAUGGAGUGAGGGAGGUGUUUGAGAUGGCCACCAGGGCGGCACUGCAGGCCAAGAGGCGAGGCAAAAAGAGUGGCUGCCUUCUGCUAUAGAGUGUCCGGUCAUGCAGGAUCGGGAGGGGGAACAUCCCUGCUCUGUGUCUGUCACCAAGGUGGGCACAAUUGAAUGGGGCAUUGUAGCGAUGAGCGAGAAAAGUCAAACCAGGCUAAAGGGUAAAAAAAAAAAAAAAAAAAAGGAAGGUUAAAUGCAAUAGCAAAGGGAAGUCAUUCUGUACAAGGUUAUAGCUUUCAAAUACAAAUACUGUGUUUAGGAUUCAUGAGACUUUAUGAAGAGAAUGUGAAUCCCUCGUGCUUUUUAAAGUGGUCUCUUGAUUGGUGGAGAGCAGCUCCAGAAGAGAUCUGGUGCGUCACCUCAGAUAGAUGCCUGCAGUGUGACUGUGUUCAUCGUUCUUUCUCCUUUAUUUCCCUGCGGAAACAUAAACUUUACUUGCGUUUCUGUUUCAUGAACCCGGAGUAAUUGAUACAAAUUCCAUUCAUUUAAAAAGCAGUUUGAUUAUUGUCAUUUGAGCAUAAAUAUAUACAAUGUUAAUGAGACCUACUUAUUUGAGUGUUUUAUACAAGCUUGUUAAUAAAUGCAACACUUUUACAAAACAUAACUUUGCUUUCAAGUCAGAAAACUAUGUGAUUGAAUUGAUCAGGACUGUCAAACACACUGUAAAUACUUGAGUAUUAAAGGGUUAAUACAAUUGUAUUAUCCUCUAGUAACUAGAAUUUUUCAAUUAUUAUUGGGGCCUUAAUUUGCCUAAACUACAGAGGAGCAGACCUUAAUGUAAAACAGGAUUCCUGUUCUUAAUGUGUUAAUGCAGACUCAACUCUUCCUCCAUGUUUCAGAGGUGUCUUGAUAAAUUCAGUAUAAAUGUACAUUUCUGCAGCAUUAUUUUCACCAUUACACAGCCAUUACUAAUUUUCUCUCUUUGAUACAUAUACUGUAAAAUGUGUUCAUCAAGGAAAUGCAACACUACAGGUUUUACAUUAAAACCUUCCAGCAGGUCAUAGGAGUAUCCUAGUUUCAGUUUCAAUGUAAGCAUGUCAGACGUAAGAGUAAUUCCACCCUGUGUUUUAAACCCAGUCAUUGUUUGUUCACUUGUUAUUGGACACUCCCAUCAUUUAAGUACCAGCUGUUAUUUGGAAAUGUCUGGUAUACCUGUAUUAUUGGAAGCUUGUUUUGUUUCCACUCAUGUCUGCAACUACUCUUUUUCCGCUUUCUUAUUGUUUUGUUAUUUUAACUAUAUGAUAUUCUACUGCCUUAUGUUGUAUUAUUUGCAAAUGGCUUAUAACAAAACCUCACUUUGAAGAAAAUGUCAAGCAACCCCUCGAGGAUUGGUUAUUUGUUUUGUAUAAAACUGAUGUAAAGUAUUCUAAAGGAAAUAAAUUGUAACGGAGAAUGA